AUGUCGUCUCCAGUACCAAACAGAAGCGGUGAAAUAAUAGGGUGGUCCUAUGCAGUAGCAAGGGACAUAGAAGUGAGUGAAGAAGCGUUCGAAGCACCGCUUCGAAUGCUGAGGAGUGAGCGGGAUAGGUUGGUAGAAGAAAGAAGAGUGUUCGAAGACCUUUUCAAUGAAUCGGAAAGAAAAAAUCGUGCUCUAGAAGUGCAGCUAACGCGUGUAGCGGAUGACCUACCCGCACUACGGCGAAUUAUGCCGUUAGCAGCUAGAGAAGUUAGGUUCAGUCGGGUCAGCGACUGGACCAUAAUGAAGGAGGAGACCGUUCUCUCGUACUUGGUAAGAGAGGAGGUGGAGAGAACCAUGAUAGAAAUUCAGAGGGAUCGCACUGUUAAAGUAACAGUGAUAAUAAAGGACAAGGAGAUUAUGAAAAGUUGUGUGCUAGUUAACACAAGGUUGGGGGAUUAUAAGUGUUGGGCAAAGGGAAAAGAAGACAAAUCGCCAUGGAGGGGGGACAAACCUGAAGUGUCCCUCUCAUUUGGUGAACUAUGGCUAACUAACCAUAGUGAAAGGGCGGACGUGCCCAGUGAUCUGAGGAAGAUGUUCCUCAGAAGUACGAUAAAAGCGGCAAUCUUCGGCGGGUUCUCCAAUGUUGGAGGACUACGCGCAGAACUGGAAGAGAAGGGCUGCCUAUGCCCAACUUGA